AUGAUCGGGCAAGCGACGCCUCAGAGUCACCAUGCCUGGCCUGCUUGGCCCGAAGCCCGCGGGAGAUUGGUCCAAAGGAGGGCAGCGCUGCAGGAGCUAAUGGAUGUGUUUGAGUCCGACUCCGAUGCCAGCCAAGCGAUCAUGACAGCCGCCAGCGAGCGCGGCCAGUGGCGGGAAGUGCUCCUGCUGCACCGGCGCCUGCUGCAAUCCGUGGAGGAGGCCGCCCCGGAGCAGGUUGGCGAAGUCUUUGCAAACGCAGCCUCGGGGCUCAUGAGAGCACGGCAGUGGCAGCGUGCUCUGGGAUUGAUCACCGAAUUCAGGGCACAGUGUCGGGAUAGCUUGACUUUUUGGUCCGUGGCACACACUGCUGAGCGUUCCAGCUCAGACCGCUCGGACCGAGUUCCGAUGUUCCAGCUCCUCUUAUCCAUGUUUUCGAACUUUGGCACCUGGGAUCAAGUGCUCUGGCUGCUUCAAGAGGCACGCCGCUGCCCCGAAGCAGUGACUACGACCGACAUUGCUUCAGUGAUGACAGCCCUCACGAACCAGAAGCGAUGGCGCAUGUCUUUGAGAGUUUUCGCAGAGUCAAGAGACUCAGUGGGUGCUGAUGCAAGGAUAUACAAGUCGGCUUAUCAGGCAUGGUCCUCCGGCCAUCACUGGCAGCAGGUCAUCAGCCUGUUAGCGGAGGAGCAAGCCAUGCGGGGUGAAGAUCAGGGUGUCGAUGGUGCCAUGAGGGCACUCUGUCAGGCAACAGUUUCUCUGCUGAAGAUGAGAAGUUCCAGUUCCAAAGCAAGCUCAACUUCAGCAGCAUUGGCAGCCUCUCGAAUGCUCGCCGACAUGCGUUUGAGAAAGCUCUCGCCACCGAUGCGCCUUUACAGCCAGGCAGUUGCGGCCAAUGCGAGGGCGGGCGAUCCGGAUCAAGCACUUCAGCUGAUUCGGCAAAUGCGAGAAGAGGCCUUGCCACAAACGCCUCAAAUGCACCUCAGUUGCAUGCGUGCGUUUCAAGCUGCCUGUCACUGGGAACAGGCCCUUGUCCUGUUGAAGGAGGAAGUUUCUCGAGAUGAUGCAGCCAGCUUUGAGGAAGGCAUCUUUGCGUGUUCCGGAGGUGGCAAGUGGCAGUUGGCAACGGAAGUGCUGAAUGAAAUGCAGGCGCGACAGCUUCCGGUGAAGGGGGUGACGUAUGCAACUCUCAUUUCGGCCUGUGUCCGGGCCAAACAGUGGCGCUAUGCCCUUUGGUUCUUGCAUGAAAUGGAGCGCACGGGUGCCGACAAAUCGGAGAAGAAUAAGGUCAUUCUCUAUGGCGGCGUAAUCACGACUUUCAAUUGGCAGCGCGCUUUAUGGCUUCUUCGCGAAAUGCCAGCCCGGGAGGUGCUGCCCAACGUGGUCGCUUAUGGUGCGGUGGCUUCAGUGUGCAAUCGAGCGAGGAAGUACCUGUACUCACUGCAGCUGCAUGAAGAAAUGCAAGAGAAGGACCAGGGUACAUGGGACAAUGAUGUUGGCAUGCCAGUCAGCUAG